AUGACUCUCUCCCCAUUUUUUGUUGCGUAGCUUUUGGAAUAGAAUAUCUGGUUCUGUUCUCUCUUCUCUUAUUUUACCCUAAUCCAACAUCUUAACCUUCUCUCUCUCCCUUCUUCUUCUCCCUUUUUCAACUCAUUUGCUUUAGAAUCUCUUAAAUGAUAAAAAGGGUUCGUCCCUAAUGGCUUCACCUUCUCCGAUUAUGGACAAACCCCGUCAACAACAACAACGACGACAACAACAACCACCGCUACCACCAGCUCUUAAGUGCCCGCGUUGUGAUUCUUCCAACACCAAAUUUUGUUACUACAACAAUUACAGCCUCUCUCAGCCAAGGCACUUUUGCAAGGCCUGCAAACGCUACUGGACUCGUGGAGGAACCUUGAGAAAUGUCCCUGUCGGUGGCGGCUGCCGGAAGAACAAGCGCCUUAAAGUCUCCUCCUCCUCCUCCAACUCCUCCUCAGUCAACGGUACUUCCACGUCAACUCCAAGUCAAAACCCUAGCUUUCUCAACUCCAUCAACGCUACUACUGCUAAUAUUUCUUCUUCAGCUUCAACUCAUAUCAACAACCCAAUGUUUUUUGGGUUCGAUGCCAUUGGUGGCGGUUUAGGGUUUUCUUCUCCGGGUUUUCUCUCCCACAUCGGUGAUCUCCGGGACGGAUUCAAUCCCGCUAAGCAAAUUCAAGAUAUUUCACUCAAUUCAAAUCACUUCCAUCAUCCCACGAUCUCCUUCGACCGCAAUUCGCAGCUUUCGAGUAAUUUCGAAGCUAGUUUGACGAUGCCACCGAUGAAGGAAGCGAAGAUGGAGGGGUUAAACAGGCUACGUCAGAAUCACACGGAGCAAGUCGAUCUAUCGAAUUUCUCCGACCCAUCUCAUUUUUGGAACUCGACAACGGCUGCAACCGGGAAUUGGCACGAUCCAACGAAUAACGGGUCCUCAAUUGCUUCUCUAUUCUAGGUAGAGUAUUUGUAUUUGUAUUUGGAUCUCCCUCUGAAAUUAAGAAUAAAGUUGGGAGGAAAGACGAGCAGAGGUGGAUCGGAGCGAUCAUGUCAGCUGCAAAAAAAGGCUCAAACGAUGAGGGUUUGAGAAUUUUAUAGGUAAUUGCGCUGAGAGGAACCUCGGAUCCUCUUUCAUUUCGUCCCUUAUAAAAGUAGCAUCCUAUAAAGAAGUUAGAAUUUUAUGUCUUUACUUUCAACAACUUUCAUGUCCUUU